AUGGAAUUUUAUUUGGAAAUUGAUCCAGUAACUUUGAACUUGAUUAUACUGGUGGCCAGUUAUGUUAUCUUACUCUUGGUAUUCCUCGUCUCCUGCAUACUUUAUGAUUGCAGGGGGAAAGAUCCCAGCAAGGAGUAUGCCCCGGACACCCUGCCUGAUAAAAGGUCGCCUAUUCGCUUGGUGGUGAUGCAGCAGAGCGCUGCCUGGGGGAAGGCCUACGGGAACACCACCACCGAUUUAUUGGAGAAGAAAAUCACAGUGGUUUGACUCCUGAAAGCGUAGGGUUUCGGAGUU